CUCCUCGUCUCCCACGGGCAGAUUCCCGGCCGCGUCCUCCUCCCCUCCUCCGAUCCUAUACAUAGGCGUCGUCGCCGCGUCGGCUUUGCCAACCUCGUCCAAUCCCCCCCGCCCCCGCCUCCGCACGCGCCGGUAUAUUUCUUGGGGGCGCGCGUCCAUCCCGCGCCACGCGCGCGCGCGUCCUUCGGCCCCCUUCCCGCACCGUCCGUUAGCGGGGGUGCUUGGCUAGUUUGGCCGGCGCGCGCGGGGAGGUGACAGGCAAGGCGGAAGGGACAUGCUCGGGUUCAGGUCGCAGAUGCCGUGGUCGGCUGCGGCGCCGGCGCCGGCGGAGCCGGUGUGCGACGCGGCGGCCGCCGUGGUGGCGGCGCGGAAGGGGAUGGAGACCCCGCUGACGGCGGUCGCCGAGGCGUUCGAGGAGCUGGCGCGGAGGAUGGAGGCCGACGGCGGGGAGCUCCGCCUCGGGCCGUUCGGCGACACGUGCGCGCUCGUCUCCGUGCUCUUCAGCUGCCUCGGGAUCGCCUUCAGGUUCGCCGAGAUCGAGUACGUCGCCAAGGUGAACGACCUCAUCGGGGCGGCAAAGUCGUACGGCACGCUGAACGACAUCCUCGACAAGGACGUCGAGAACGACUGCGUCAAGAAGCAGGGCAGCCACUCCCGCAACCUGCGCAGGGUCCGGCUCGGCCUCGGCCUCAUCAAGGUUCUCUUCGAGCAGUUCCUCUCCACCCAGGGUUGUUCACUGUAUGAUGCUGCCACGACAGCUUACGGGCAGGUUUGCGCGCCGUUUCACAGCUGGGCAGUCAGGAAGGCUGUUGGUGCUGGGAUGUACACUCUCCCAAGCAGGGAGCAGUUGAUCGUCAGACUGAACGAAACAGAUUGCUCUGUGCAGAAGGAGAUGAGGAGAUACAUCGAUGCCUCUAGCCCCAUCAUAGACUACAUCGAUAACCUUUUCCUCGCGAGGAACAUUAGCCUAGACUGGUGAAACUGAACUGAAUUAAGUUCAUAUUUGCAGCUGUUGACAAGCUGUUGUUAUGCCAUUGUUUUGUUCUUUCCAUAGUUAUUAUGUAGCCUUGGUGGGUGGUGGAUGCUCUCACUGACUCAUUUCAGAGUCUUGUGUAAUGUAUAACUGUGUGGUGAUUCAGCACGAUCAUGGGUAACCUGUUUUGCCACUUGUA